GGAGCAUCAGCAAAGCCCUGUUCGUCCUUCUCCAUCUUCCUCUGCAGUUUCCAGUAAUAACAACUCAUCAAUUUGUGUAGGACAAUCGAGAGGGAGGUGAAGUGAGCUCCUCAAUGGCAGCCGCCGCAUCGAGAAGCCUCAUUUCUCAUCUCCGCAUACUUCUAUCCUUCACAGCUUCGGAAACUCAGUGCAGAACCUUCAGUGCUUGCAGUAGCCAAGUGGAGGAACUAAGGACUCGGAUUAUUGAAGGAAAACCUGGAAUUAUGAGAUCAAACUCCAAGCGUACUGGAGCCAUAGCCGUCAAAUGUGGAAUGACAGCUCUAUGGGACAAAUGGGGGGAACGCGUUCUCAUCACCAUCCUUUGGUUAGAUGAUAACAUUGUUUCCCAGGUCAAAAUCCCCGAAAAAGAAGGCAUCACUGCACUACAGAUUGGAUGUGCUCACAAAAAGGAGAAGCAUUUGACAAAACCUGAAGUUGGUCAUUUUAGAGCACAAGGUGUGCCCAUGAAGAGAAAGUUGAAGGAGUUUCCUGUUACCGAAGAUGCACUUCUUCCAGUUGGAACAAGCAUCAGUGUCCGACAUUUUGUUCCGGGCCAGUAUGUGGAUGUCGCUGGAAUUACAAGAGGGAAGGGUUUUCAGGGCGGGAUGAAAAGAUGGGGGUUUAAAGGUAUGCCUGCAUCACAUGGUGCUUCAUUAUCCCAUAGAAGUAUUGGUUCUACAGGGCAAAGAGAUGCUCCAGGAAAGGUAUUUAAAGGGAAAAAGAUGCCUGGGCGCAUGGGUGGAGUACAACGAACUGUUAAAAAUGUUUGGGUCUACAAGAUUGAUCCUGCCAGAAACUUGAUGUGGGUCAAAGGCCAGGUUCCAGGAGCCGAAGGUAACUUUGUGUUCAUCAAAGAUUCUGUGUACAAGAAACCAGAUAUAUUAACGCUUUCAUUUCCCACUUACUUUGCCCAAGAAGAUGAAGAUGUAGCAGACUUGGAACCAUUAAUGGCUGAUCUGGGUGAUACAGACCCUUUUAUGGCUGCGGAUUAGUUGUAGGCAACCUGGCUAUGAGCUAUGGGGUUUUCUUUUUCCUAUGUAUUUUCUUAAAAAGCAGUGCAGUGGCUUCGCUUGGGCUGGGGUGUGUUGAGAAGGAAUUCAUUUGUAAUUGUGUUUUGGCAUUUAUGGCUAAUGUCAUUUUUUGCUAGUAAUUUUGAAAUGUACUAGAAAAUUUAGCUACUGAUUGAAUAGAAAUAGAAUGAGAUGUUGUUA